ACGCUCUCUCUCGCUCUCUCUCGCUCUCUCGCUCUCUCUCUCUCUCUCUCUGCGAGGGUUUGCAGUCUGUCAGAUGUCUGUCUGGAGUCGCGGGGUGAAAUGUAACUUUACUCCAUCCAUCUACAUGUGCGCGAGACUUCAGAUCAACACCGAACCCAGCAUGGGAUUAUUAAACGCAGCGGGAAGUCAACAAAGUCCGAGAAGAAACAACAUCAAAGGCUCGGUCUAACCAACUUCUGAGAGGAAAAAAGGACGUUUUGGACCGUGUGUUCCGGGUUUUCGCGCUGACACCAUCUCGUUAUGUCAACCAAAGUGACUCUUGUAGAAAGUUAUUGAGUGUUAUUGCGUUUGCGCACGCAUGGACUUGUUUGUUUUUGUAAUUUAAUAGAACGAAGUAGAGCUGAGGUCUCUAAUGCAAUGACUACUAACUACAGAGAGGAGCUGGACUUCAGACUGAUGUUCGGGGAGAGCAGUUACACUCAGCUGCUGGGCCACCCAGAAUCCAGAUCGGAUGAUGAUGCCACCUGCUACCCUCUCUUUCCUCCUGGGCCUCACCAUCCCACAGAACAGCAGGAGAGCUGUACAAACCCAUCUUAUGGCACCCCUCACCCUGGUUCCCUCCAGCCCAUGGAGUCUCCCAGCCGGGUAUUUGACUGUCCUAGCAUCCAAAUCACCUCUAUCCCAGCCAACUGCCACCAGGACCUGGGCGCGCACCAGUUGGACCAGUCUGCAGGUGCUUGUGGGGAAGCCAGUGCUGGGUCUCUAUCAAGGGACCAGCUCUUCCUGCCAUUGGAUGCAUCGUACAGGGACACGUCCUCACUGUGUCCCAGCCCCUGCAGUAGUUUGUCCUCCCGCAGCUGGUUGUCUGACGCCUCAUCCUGUGAAUCCUUCUCACACAUCUACGAUGACGUGGAGGCAGAAUUGAAUGAGGCAGCCGCUCAAGUUCGGCUGGCUUCUCCUCUAGUGUCGCCGCUGGCGUCUCCUCUGCCGUCCCCACUUACUUCUCCCCAGGCGUCUCCUCAAGUGUCUCCGCUUGUCUCUCCCUUUGGUUCUCCGGGAUGUAUGGCUGCAUAUGGAGAUGAUCCUUGGUACCGUUACCAACAACAUCAUCAGCAACCUCUACAAUAUCAUUGCGCCCAAUCGCUGUCGCCGUAUCAGUCACCCCGCACCAGCAUCACUGAGGAAACGUGGCUCAGUCCCCGUCCACACUCCUCAUCCUCGCGGCCCUCUUCUCGGCCAACCUCGCCAUGUGGAAAAAGGCGACAUUCCAGUGCAGAGGUCAUUCCCGGUUUGGCAUCUCCUCACCUUUCCCCCAACAUAACACCAUCUCAUUCUCCUCGGGAGAGUGUCACUGAGGAGACAUGGAUGGGAGGCGCCACAUUUGCUCCCUACCAGACCUUUCCAUUGGAGGUAGACAUCCCAUCCAAAACAAGAAGAACGUAUCAGACCAACCACAACCAGGAUCAAGUGGCUCUGUUGCCUGGACAAGAGGACUCAAGUUUUCAAGACCCAGGUCUUGCAAAUCCAUCGCUAAACUCAGGCAUAACCAUGUUCCUCCCCAGUUUAAAGAAAGAGGAUAUGGUGGAACAUUUUUUAGCCGUCCCAACACACUUCCCUUGGGUUAAACCCAAACAAGUCAGCACUCCUUUAUACAGGUCCACAUCUUUACCUCCACUGGACUGCCAUCUGCCCAGUCAGUGUGGCCAGUGUGAGUUAAAGAUGGAGAUCCAACCUAAACCUCACCACAGAGCCCAUUAUGAGACGGAGGGCAGUCGCGGGGCCAUUAAAUCAGACUGCGGAAGACACCCUGUUGUUAAGCUAAUAGGUUAUAAUGAAAAACCCGUCAGCCUGCAGAUGUUCAUCGGGACAGCGGAUGAGCGUUACACCAGGCCACACCCAUUCUAUCAAGUGCACAGGAUUACUGGGAAAACCGUAGCGACGCCGAGUCAAGAGACAGUGAUAUCCAGCACCAAAGUUCUCGAAAUUCCUCUCCUGCCUGAAAACAACAUGUGUACCAGCAUUGACUGUGCUGGGAUCCUGAAGCUACGGAAUUCAGACAUCGAGUUGCGGAAAGGAGAGACGGAUAUCGGGCGUAAAAACACACGUGUGCGUGCUGUGUUCCGUGUUCAUAUCCCUCAACACAAUGGAAAAGUGCUGUCACUGCAGGUGGCGUCCAUGCCUAUAGAAUGCUCUCAACGAUUAUCUCAGGAACUUCCCCAAAUCGAGAGCUUUAGUCCCGCCUGUGGUUCUGUGAAUGGAGGAGAAGAGAUGCUUAUAACAGGCCAAAACAUCAAUCCAGAGUCAACAGUUGUCUUCCAAGAAAAGAGCUCUGAUGGUAAAACACAAUGGGAGGUCGAUGUGAGGGCUUUACAAGAAAAGAGUCAAAAUGUAAACACCACAAGCAUAGUGGUAAAGAUUCCUCCGUACUACAAGAAAACCACGGCUUCCUCCACCCAGGUGCAGUUCUACGUUAGCAAUGGCAAGAGGAAGAGAAGUGCCUCACAGUUCUUCACCUAUCUUUCAGCAGUGCAGGUGAAGCAGGAGUUUGGCUUAAGGGCGGACCUUAACACCAAUGAACUUGGAGGGCAGCAUCCGACCACCUCCCCAGCAGGUCUCUUCACCACCAGAGACCCGCUUGCGUCAGAUGAGGUCCAGCCUCUUGAGCAGUGGCUGCUGUCUGAAGGGACAGUUUGUGCUCCAUCUUCCACCCAUCUCAGUUACUCCCCUCAGGAUCCUUUCUAUCUGAGCCGCUCUCAUCCAGCAGAAAGAAGCCUUAAUGCUGAAGCAGACCUCCACCCUAUGUUCCACCCAUCAUUGGUGGAUUUCAACAACUCUUUCUACCAAAAGCCUCAACAGGAUCUGUCUUACAAAGAACAACCUAGUCUUCCAAUGGUUGGUGGCUCACUGCAAGGCUGCAAGUCAUCCCAAAUCUUAGCAGAGCAACCAAGGUCUCAACUAGGCAAAGGAUACCAAGGCAUACCUACAGAACACAGUCAAAAUCUCCACAACCUUGGUCCUGUCUCUGUGUCCAAUACAUCCGUGCUAACUAGCCCAAAUGUGGAUACAUCCGGUCUGCACACUGUGGAUCCUGUGCAAUUCCCACAGGCUCCGUCUUCCCAGGUGCUUCCUCUUUCCCAUCAGCCUACUCUUGCAAAAGUGCCUUCUAACUCACCGUCCAUCAGCGAGAGCUUGAUGGACCCUCAGCCUUUAGGUGCAUCUCUUCAGGAGCCCAGCAAAAGUUACAGUAUGUCACAAGAUGGAGAACACCUUCACAUUAAACAGGAACCCGAGGAAGAGAAAGAGCUAGCCUUUCAGUCCAUAGGCCUGCAGGAUAUCACUCUUGAUGAUGUAAGUGAAAUCAUUGUAAGAGACUUGUUCGAAACUCCAGAUUCAGGGAGUGCCAACAGUCUGCUAUAACUCCACUCAUGGACAGAGUGUCCCACCGAUUAGAAGAUCAUUGGAAAUGGUGCAUCUUGCAUAGGACUUCAGUACAGCUACUGAACUGAUAAUCAGAGAACUGGAUGGACAUCUCAUUAUAAUUGUUUUGGUCUCAGCAUCUUGCAUUACUGCACAUGUAGAAAUGAUUUUCUAUAAGCAAUACCAUGUACACAACGUUUUCAGCCUAACAGAGGAUGCAUUCAAUUAAGGAUUUUAUUUUAUUUUUUUAUCAAACGUGAAUGUAAAAUAUUGACCAGUCAGUUUUUGAUUCAAUAUGUGCCUUAACCAGACAGGCCUUUUUAUUCUCCUUUUGGAAUAAUCUGUCUUCAGUUUUCUCCUUUUGAUUGUAAAUGUAAAAUCUAUUCUUGGAAUUUAUGAUAAUCAUAGGAAGCUUCGAAUAAAUUAUUAAGACUAAAUAUGCAGCAUUGAGCAUAUAAAGCGCAAUCCCAUGUUUGAAUCUGUUAAGAGUUCACUGUAAAGAACCUUAGCAUUUCAGUAUAAUUUCUCAUGCUUUUACAAAUGCUUGAAAUGUCUUUGUAUUUAUGAAUUUUUACUG